CUUCACGAGCCAGGUCAUCUGGUGACCUGUAGUCAACUGUAAUCUCGUGACUGGGUCUGUGUUCUCGCGAUAUUAAGGCGGUCGCUACCUGAUAGGAAUAAUGGCCGCCCUCGCAGCAAUAGCCGGAACGAUGAACAACACAAGACGCUUAUCGGAGCACUUCAGCUGACCAGGAAGCGCGUGAAGUACCAGGCAGCCCCCAUUUACCAGACUUUCGGAACGGAUGGGUGGAGGGGCUUUAACCAAAGGACUCCAGAGACGAAAGAGACGCGGGGGGAUCGGGGGGACGCUAACGAUUUCUUGAUAGCUAGCAUUAGCUGGCUAUCAACACGGUUGUCAUUGCCGGGAUCGAACACGAGCGGCCGCAACAACUGUAGUUUGGGGGGGUCGGAUGAUACGACAAGUACACGGCGGGGCGCCUGAGCACACAUCCGGCUUGUCGCUAACAUGAGCGGGCCGGGACAGGACAGCGAGCCUGAGGCGAAGGUGCUCCUAAUCAAGCGGCUAUACAGGGCUGUGGUGGAAUCUGUGCACAAGCUGGAUGUCAUCAUCGGCAGCAAGUCAUCCUACAGAGAGGUCUUCAAGCCAGAGAACAUCAGCCUUCGCAACAAGCUGAGGGAGCUUUGCGUGAAACUGAUGUUUCUUCACCCCGUCGACUACGGCCGCAAGGCCGAGGAGCUGCUCUGGAGGAAGGUCUACUACGAGGUCAUCCAGGUCAUCAAGACCAACAAGAAGCACAUCCACAGCCGCAGCGCGCUGGAGUGCGCCUACAGGACGCACCUGAUCGCCGGCGUGGGCUUCUACCAACACCUGCUGCUGUACGUUCAGUCGCAUUACCAGCUGGAGCUGCAGGACUGCAUCGACUGGACCCACGUCACCGAUCCUCUCAUCGGUCGGAAAAAACCCGUGUCCGCCUCCCCCAAGGAGAUGGAAUGGGCGCAGAUGGCCUGCCAUCGCUGUCUGGUGUACCUGGGAGAUCUGGCCCGAUACCAGAACGAGCUCGCCGGCGUGGAGGCGGAGCAGCUGGCCGAGCGCUUCUACCACCAGGCUCUGUCUGUGAUGCCACAUGUGGGAAUGCCUUUUAACCAGCUGGGUACUCUGGCUGGAAGCAAGUUCUACAACGUGGAGGCGACGUACUACUACCUUCGCUGCAUCCAAUCAGACGCUCCGUUUGAGGGCGCCUACGGCAAUCUGAAGCGCCUGUUUGACAAAGCUGCCAAAAUGUACCACCAAGUGAAGAAGCAGGAGAUGAAGAAGCUGUCUCCGUCCAGGCAAAGAUCCAAAGACGUCAAGCGGCUCCUGGUGAGCUUCAUGUACCUGCAGAGCCUGCUGCAGCCCAAGAACAGUUUGCUGGAGACGGAGCUGACGUCGCUGUGCCAGUCGGUGCUGGAGGACUUCAACCUGGUGCUGUUCUACCUUCCUCCUCCGGCGCACGGAGGCGCUCAGCACAGCCCCAGCGAGGAGGAGGAGGAGCAGCACUCCGACAGCUCCUGCCCCGUCCUCCCCGACGGCCUCAUCUUUAAGAUGGUGGUCACGUGUCUGAUGGUGGUGCACAGCCUGAAGAGAGGAGGUUCUAAGCAGUACAGCGCUUCCAUCGCCUUCACUCUGGCUCUCUUCUCCCACCUGGUGAACCACGUCAACAUCCGGCUGCAGGCGGAGCUGGAGGAGGGGGAGGGGCAGGUGCCGGCGCUCCACACCGACGCCACAGAUGACGCGGAGGGGAGGGAUUUGUCGGCUCCGCCCACAGAGCGCUCAGGUGAGAAGCCUCUGCAGAACGGCGUCGUGGAGGAAGAGGAGGAGAAGGACGACGGGGACAAAAAACCCAGCAGUGAAGAAGAUCAGAGCAAGAAGGAGGAGAAACAGCGGCAGAAGAAGAAGUACACACGCCUGUCUCGACUCCGCCGCCGCCGCUGCGCCCGCAAAGAUGGCCAGGAGGAUGAAAGCGAUCUGAGCGAAGGCUUCGAGAGCGACGAAGAGGAAGACAACGAGGAAGAGCGAAGGGGCCGAGCGGAUUCGACGGGCGGGAACUCGACGGGAUCGCCGGUCAACCCUUCAGCUGUGAAGAAGGAGACCAAGAGAGAUCCUUUAGGAGAGGAGGUCAUUUGGGGGAGUGGCUCUGAGGAGGAAGAGGAGGAGGAAGGAGGAACGGCGUUCGACGUGGAGACCGACUCGGACAUGAACAGCCAGGAGUCGCGCUCGGACCUGGAGGACAUAGAAGACGCCGAGACCUCUGAGGCCCGGGAGCACCAGGAGGAGGAGGAGGAAGAGGAGCAUCCAAAAGAAGAGGGAGGAGGCGGAGACGCGGACGGAGACCUCCCCCCAAACCCAAACGGUCCCAGCAUGCCGAGCGACGCCAGCAUCAGCAGCAACCUGCAGGCCAUGUCCUCGCAGCUCUUCCAGACCAAGCGCUGCUUCCGCCUGGCGCCGACCUUCAGCAACAUGCUGCUCAGGCCUCAGGCCUCCUCUUCCUCGGGGAUCCCCACCCCCACCGACACCUCCGCCCCCCCAUCUCAGGAGACCCCGCCUCCCUCUGGGGAUUCCCCCUGCGACCUGAACCCAGGAACCGCCAACGGAACCAACGACAACGACUUGGACUCGGACUCUGAAGAAAGUCAGCACAGCGCUCCGUCUGUACGCAGCGAGAAAACCCUCCUGGAGAAGCUGGAGAUCCUGACCAACCAGGGGCUGAUCCAGGUGGUGAAGGUCUUCGUCGAUUGGCUGAGAACAAACACAGACAUAAUCCUCAUGUGUGCACAGAGUUCUCAGAGUUUGUGGAACCGCCUGUCUGUGCUGCUCAACCUGCUCCCAGACAACAGCAAGAUCCUGGAGGCCGAUCUGGGCUUAAACUCACAAGUGACGGAGAUGUUGAACGAGUGCGAGCAGCCCGGGUUGGUCCAGACUCUUCUGCUGCCUGAAGACCUGACGCUGCGCCACCUGCCCGCCCUCAAUGCCGCUCACCGCCGCCUGGACUUCACUCGCAGAAACGUGUCCCUCAGUCCGGUGCACGAGUGUGUGGUGCGAGUUUGCUGCAUUCGCAGUUUCGGACACUUCCUGACCAACCUGGAAGGCAACAUUCUGCACUUCAACCCGGAAGCGGGCAUCUUCACCAGCGUCAGCCAGUCUGAGCAGGACAACCUGCUGCAGCAGGCCAAGGCCCAGAUCAGGAUGGCGGAGGAGGAGGCGCGCCGGAACCGUUUGAUGAGGGACAUGGCUCAGCUACGAUUACAGCUGUCAUGCGCUGUGCAGAGGAAAACAAAUCUACGUGUGGCCAUGCAUUGAACAAUAAAGAUAAACCUGAAUGAUGA